AGUUUUUUGAAUGUUUGUGGAAGUCAUUGACGUCGUGCGGGUGCGAACGAACUAGAAGAAGUUGUCAGUCACUGUAACGCCAAAUACACUCAUCGAGAUUCUCAUCAUCAUCAUCAUCAUGAUCAUCAAAAAUGAAGCGACGCUCGCAUUUGUGUCACACCUUUUGUCGGAGUCACGCCAACCAUCAAGUAGCUUCAUUCGAAAACAGGACUGUGACACCUACAACUCAGGGAAUGCCGCGAAUCCUGAAGCGUUCAUCGUUGCGUAAGAAUGCGACGGAAGACUGAGUCAAUGUCUGAGUCUGCUGAGACUGUCGGCGUUGUUGACGAGGAAGAUGGAUCUUCACACAGUGAAAACACCGUGGGAAGGUUACGUGCCGAUGCGACAGAUGCACGAGGAGUUCGUCGUCUACAACGGACGAAGACGCAGGCUGAUUACGACGAUAAAAGAGUCUUGUAUUCGUCGUUGUUCCUGUCGAGACCCUCGACUUCGCCUUCGCGGGCUGCUUCGCUCACACAGAGAGGCCAGGGCGUUUGUACGAGCCGGGGCGCCGCGCUCGCUCGGAGAAACCGCAUGGCAGAGUCGUGGGAUAGUACCUCCAGACUCAGCACCUCUACCGCACGUCUUAUUGAGCUGUCUCGGGCAGAGCAGCAGAAAACAAAAAGUUUGGUACGCGACUACAAGUCCGCGCCAUCGCUCGCCAGCACGGGA